AUGCGGACACGCAUUGAAAAAAGACGACACGACAACGUCUUCAACGAGUACACCCCCGCUCAAUGUCGAUACAAUGCUCUCGAGAAUGAAUGGGACCUGUUUGAAGAAUUUGCACUGGAAGUCAAGUCGAAGAAUGGUCAGGAUUAUGCGGGCUAUGAGCAUUCAGACAGUGAGGAUGAUGGCUUUGAUCCUUUUGAAGGCUACGAGCACCUUUAUGUCAGUGAAGACCAGAACGUCUCACCAACCUCUCCAGACGGAAUCCCCCCCUCUGGUGCCUCUCCUGGUGCCUCCCCCGCCUCUCCUGAACCUGAUGAAGUAGCAGUACCCAUGGAUGCUGAAACCAACCUCCUGGUUUCCCUCCGCCUUAUGUACGGAUUCAACCCAUCCCCUACUGCUCAAACACCCCACCCUCAAGCACCCAACCUCCGGAGUUGGUCAGAUGUCCUGGGUGUCAUCGGGACAAAAUCAGAACCUGAUGUCUCAGACCGAGACAAGGUUCUAAUUCGCGAGUUCAUUUCAUGCCUCAUCGACAGCUCUUCGGGAUUGCCAGCACCCUCCGACGACCUCAACGCAACAUCGGAUCAGCCUUUGGCAACAUCCUUUGCGCUCGACACUGUGGAACGCAUCAGUGAGGACCUAUACGUGUUCAAGCUACCUCCUUCCCCCUCUUGCAAAUGGGUCAUCAGUGUUGAUCGCCCCAUGACUGUUCUUUACAUCUGUCGACUGGUCGCCUCCGCUCCGAACAUGCAUACGGUGCUGACAAUCGCCUACCACCUACUUGAGCACCACAUACCCUUCCGCACCCUCCUUCUGCAGGCCUCCUCGGAGCCCGAACAGCUCAAUCUCCCAUACGCAGACAACGCCAACCGUUUUAACAAGCACCAAUUCACGACAGCAGACUUCGACAGUGCUAUGCUCGAGUGCCGCGCGCUGCUGGGCCGCCCGCAAGGGCGAGCUGCAAUACUUCGCGGUGGCAUUGUAGGGAGGAUUGCAAGGGAAUUCGGUAGUAAGGAGUCUGGGUUGCAAGGACCGUCCAUCGAGGUCACAGUGCAUCAUUCGGGGUACUUUGUCCCGUCUAAACACGACAGGUAUUUCUACUGGGAUGACGACCUCACUGGUGAGGAGAUUGCAUGGCGUGGCGAGCAGACAACAACGGUCUCGUGGUUCCCUCCUCCGGACAUUUGGGACAAGCAGGGUUAUGGCUGGCCAGGAUGGACGGAAACUAACAAGGAGUUUUUCCAGCAGUGGAUAGCAGACAUUCGCAAGGGCAAUGCCAAACCCCUGUCGCGUCAAAACUGGUGGCGCAAGGUUCGUAGCAUCAAGAACACGAGGUCGGUGCUUAAGAACAACAGGGAACGGGCAAAGGCAUACGUCGAGUUGAACAUUCAUGCUAUGUAG